CUCCUCCUAUGAAGAAGGCGAGGGAAGAAUUCCUGACGAACAAGACGGAGAUCGAAGCGAAGAAGAUAGUCAGACUGAAGGACCUGCCACACCAACAUGCCCUGCUGCUGCCACGCUUCUGCAUCCAACAGAACCUGCGCCACCUCCAACGCAGCCUCAAGAGCGACGACCUGAAGGACUACUGGGAGAAAAUGGAUCAGGAAUUGUGGGAAGAAGUGCAGAGGAUGAAAACGAGGCAGACGGAAGGCUCUGAGGCCGAGAACACGCUAGGAAAGAAGCUGGGCCAUCUCCCCGCCCGUCUCGGCGGGCUUGGUCUCCUUUCAUUCACAGAUGCAGUUCCCCUAGCCUACAAAGCGGCAGCAGCGCAAGCAGACAAGCAUCUCUCCAACAUAUUCCUCGACCUCCCAGGCGAAGCUCCUACACCAAGCCAACGCGAACUCUGUUCAUCUAUGUGGGAACUUCAGCAAACAACCAUCCUCGAAGGUCUGAAUGAUCCUGCACGCAAGAGACUCAUAGAAAAUGCAUCCAAGAUCGGCAAGCGUUGGCUCAACGUGAUUCUUUACUUCCAGCCACUUCGUUUAUCCAACCAGGAGGUCGCAACCGGCCUCCAUGAUCGAACAUUGGUCGAAUCUUCAAUUGCCAUCUGCUCCUUUUGUGGAUCUGACUCUCCCCUCGGCCACGACGAACUCUGCCGCUCCAGAAACUCCUGGGCUCAACGCCCCCACGAUUCUAUCAACCGAAUCAUUCAUCGUGGGCUCCAGAGCAUCGAAGGGGCGGUAGUUUCACUUGAUCCAAGGACUCUUGAGGGACAGAGGCGGAAUGACCUGAGGGUCAGAGGCAGGUGUGGCCUGCACGCGACUGACUACGACCUCAAGGUCUAUUGCCUCAACGACCGAGACGCCAGGAGCACGCUGAGUGCAAAAUUGCCCACCACCCCUAUCGCCACACACAUCCUCAACCGGUGCCUCUCAUGACUAGAUAAAAUCAGCGAAAAUACGGCCAAGAAGGCGCCCGUGACUCAAGCCGGGAUGUUCAAGGCAGUGGUGAUGUCGGCAGGAGGGCUGGUGAGCAGCGAGACGGCGGAUGAGAUGAGGAAGUGGAGGAGGGAGAUGGGACCGAUGGUGUUCGAAGGGAUGCUGAAGGAGAUAAGUCUGGAGCUGGUGAGAGCAAGGGCAAGGACUUUGCGAUGUGAGGAGGGGGAGAAUGAAAGAUAGGACCGGGAGACGAGAAAGGGGCUAAAUAAAAAUAAAUAAAAAAUAAAUAUCAGUAAUAACGAAGUCUGUAGUCGGGAAAACAAUAACUUAUUUAUAUUUAUUAAUUAGCAA